AUGAUAAACUACGAGAAGAGAUUCGGAGCGUUCAAUCUGCUUUUGAGAUUCUACGGCUCGCAAUGGCCUCGAGCGACGCUACUCGCCCUGCCCAGCGCCAUUCUCGCCGGGCUUCUCUCCGCGUUUAUAUUCGUCGAUAAAACUCAACACCUCUUCCUCCACCCAUACCCCUAUGCCGUAUUCAGCGGCGUCGUCGCCUUCAUCCUCAUCUUCCGCACCAAUCUCAGCUACGCGAGAUACUGGGAGGGGCGAACAAUGCUCGCACAAAUGAGCUCGAAAUGGGGAGACGCCGCAAUCCAGGUGAUAUCGUUUGACGAGGGAGCCAAAGAGCCGGUGCCGGGGGGGAUUCGGUUCCGCUCCGAGUUUGUGCACACCAUGAGCCUCAUGCAUGCGCUCGCGCUGCAGAGACUAAGGGGGGACUCCUACCUGAGCAACUUAACUUAUGGUCGUUUCAUGGACAUCCCACCAGAGCCGCCAGUGGACGCGGAUCAGGUGGAGGAGUGGAACCGAGUGCGUGGAAACAAGUCUUUGGUCUUCCUGAGAGCCCACCGCCCCCACCUGGAGAAGUACUGGCGGGCGCUGCCGCUGGCAGUGCUGGGGGGGGUGAACCCCACGGAGUGCAGCAUCCUGGAACCUUCCCGCGACCGUGUGUACCUGGUGAUGUGCUGGCUGCACCGCGCGCUCGUGGCUCGCCGCAUGGCGGGAGGGAUCUCACAGGACGCCCCUAUCGUGUCCAGAAUAUACCAAGUGUUGUCAGAUGGCAUGCUGGGGUAUGAGAACGCACUCAAGAUAGUGAACACGCCCUUCCCCUUCCCCUUCGCACAGUGCGUGGCUCUCCUCCUGCACAUCAACGCCCUCAUCAUCCCGCUCCUCAUGGCCGACUGGCUAGCAGACCCCUACCUAGCAUCUGCAAUCACCUUCCUCUCCGUCUUCUCCUUCUAUCUUCUCAACGAAGUGGCGAGAGAAAUUGAAGAACCAUUCCGGUUCGACCCAAAUGAUCUCCCCGUGGUUUACCUCCAUCAUAAGUUCAACGAGCGGCUUGUCACGGCGUUUUCACGAAGCGUGUUUCCCGCAGACGGACUGUUUACGCACAUUGAUGAGAAGGAGAUGGCGUGGCUUUUAGCUAAGCACCGGCCGGUGACAGUGGUGAAGGUAGCGGAUGAGAAGGUGGGUGCCAAGGACUGUGUUAUCGAUGUGCUGUGCGGCGACAAGCUUGGAGAGAAGGCUCGGGCCGAGGCUGAUGCCGUAUUCAGCGGCGUCGUCGCCUUCAUCCUCAUCUUCCGCACCAACCUCAGCUACGCGAGAUACUGGGAGGGUAGAACAAUGAUUGCGCAAAUGAGUUCCAAAUGGGGAGAUGCCGCGAUCCAGGUGAUAUCGUUUGACGAGGGAGCCGAGGAGUCGGUGCCGGGCGGGAUUCGAUUCCGCUCUGAGUUUGUGCACACCAUGAGCCUCAUGCACGCGCUUGCGAUGCAGAGACUAAGAGGAGACUCGUACCUCAGCAACUUAACUUAUGGUAGAUUCAUGCACAUCCCACCAGAGCCGCCAGUGGACGCGGAUCAGGUGGAGGAGUGGAACCAUUCUUGUGGCCCCUCCAUUUGCUUUCCUCUCUGCCCCUCUCCCUCUCUGCCUCUCUACUGCUGCUGCACAGGACGUUUCAUGGACAUCCCACCAGAGCCGCCAGUGGACGCGGAUCAGGUGGAGGAGUGGAACCGAGUGCGCGGAAACAAGUCUUUGGUGUUCUUGAGAGCCCACCGCCCCCACCUGGAGAAGUACUGGCGGGCGCUGCCGCUGGCAGUGCUGGGGGGGGUGAACCCCACGGAGUGCAGCAUCCUGGAACCUUCCCGCGACCGUGUGUACCUGGUGAUGUGCUGGCUGCACCACGCGCUCGUGGCUCGCCGCAUGGCGGGAGGGAUUUCCCAAGACGCCCCUAUCGUCUCCAGAAUAUACCAAGUGCUGUCAGACGGCAUGCUGGGGUACGAGAACGCGCUCAAGAUAGUGAACACGCCCUUCCCCUUCCCCUUCGCGCAGUGCGUCGCUCUGCUCCUGCACAUCAACGCCCUCGUAAUUCCCCUCCUUAUGGCCGACUGGCUCGCCGACCCCUUCCUCGCUUCAGCAAUCACCCUGCUCUCCGUCUUCUCCUUCUAUCUUCUCAAUGAAGUGGCAAGAGAAAUUGAAGAGCCGUUUCGCUUCGACCCAAACGAUCUCCCCGUGGUGUACCUCCAUCAUAAGUUUAACGAGCGGCUUGUUACAGCGUUUUCGAGAAGUGUUUUCCCUGCGGAUGGGUUGUUUACGCACAUUGAUGAGAAGGAAAUGGAGUGGCUUUUAGCUAAGCACCGGCCGCUGACGGUGAAGAAAGGAUUGGAGGAGAAGCUGGGAGUGAGUGCCAAGGACUGCGUUGUCGAUGUGCUGUGCGGCGCCAAGCCUGGAGAAAAGAGAUACUGGGAGGGGCGAACCAUGCUCGCACAAAUGAGGUCCGUCGGUUGUCUCAUCCUUUCCAUGUCUCGUCCUUUCCACGUCUCGACCUUCCCAUGCCCCGUCCUUCCCAUGCCCCGUCCUUCCCAUGCCCCGUCCUUCCCAUGCCCCGUCCUUCCCAUGCCCCGUCCUUCCCAUGCCCCGUCCUUCCCAUGCCCCGUCCUUCCCAUGCCCCGUCCUUCCCAUGCCCCGUCCUUCCCAUGCCCCGUCCUUCCCAUGCCCCGUCCUUCCCAUGCCCCGUCCUUCCCAUGCCUCGCCCUCUCUUCUCUUCUCUUCUCUUCUCUUCUCUUCUCUUCUCUUCUCUUCUCUUCUCUUCUCUUCUCUUCUCUCCUCUCCUCUCCUCGCCCUCAUGCAGUUCGAAAUGGGGAGACGCUGCAAUUCAGUCGACUCAAAACCGGGUGGAAUAUGGAUCCCGUCCCAUCUCGUCUCCCCCUCCUCUCCUUCCGUCUGCACCUCUGGCCUUUCCGUUUUCCUCACCCCUCUCGCCCUCCGCAGGUCAUAUCGUUCGAUGAGGGGGGGCAGGAGGAGCCAGUGGAGCCGGGCGGGAUUCGAUUCCGCUCCGAGUUCGUGCACACCAUGAGCCUCAUGCACGCCCUCGCGCUGCAGGUAUGCCUUUUCGGUCGAUUCAUGGACAUCCCAUCAGAGCCGCCAGUGGACGCGGAUCAGGUGGAAGAAUGGAAGCGAGUGCGCGGAAACAAGUCCUCCAUUUUCCUGAGAGCCCACCGCCCCCACCUGGAGAAGUACUGGCGGGCGCUGCCGCUGGCAGUGCUGGGGGGGGUGAACCCCACGGAGUGCAGCAUCCUGGAACCUUCCCGUGACCGUGUCUACCUGGUGAUGUGCUGGCUGCACCGGGCGCUCGUGGCCCGCCGCAUGGCGGGGGGGAUCUCACAAGACGCCCCUAUCGUCUCCAGAAUAUACCAAGUGUUAUCUG